UCCGAGUUCGAACCCACACCCCUUCACGUACUAGCUGUUCCUUGCCCCGUGCUCCGCAGAUCGAUUGUUGCCGGUGUCCAGUCGCGGACUCGUGUACCCGGUUUCCUCCCUGCCCGGCUCAAGCCCUGACGGCCGCCUCGUCCCUGGCCCGGGAUCGCGCUGCCAGGCCGAUCUCCCGCAGGAGCAGGCGGUGCGUGGGCGUGCUGAACCGGGGAGGCGUGGCCCGAGCCGCGGCGGACACAGGCUGGGUCUGCCUGGCCUCCUCCUGCCCCGUGGGCGGCUCAGACCAUGUCACCCGAAGAAUGGACAUAUCUAGUGGUUCUUCUAAUCUCCAUCCCCAUCGGCUUCCUCUUUAAGAAAGCUGGACCUGGGCUGAAGAGAUGGGGGGCAGCAGCCGUAGGCCUUGGGCUCACCUUGUUCACCUGUGGCCCCCACACUUUGCAUUCUCUGAUCACCAUCCUUGGGACCUGGGCCCUUAUUCAGGCCCAGCCCUGCUCCUGCCAUGCUCUGGCUCUCGCCUGGACCUUCUCCUAUCUCCUGUUCUUCAGAGCCCUCAGCCUGCUGGGCCUGCCCACUCCCACGCCCUUCACCAAUGCUGUCCAGCUGCUGUUGACACUGAAGCUGGUGAGUCUGGCUAGUGAAGUCCAGGACCUGCAUCUGGCCCAGAGGAAGGAAAUGGCCUCGGGAUUUAGCAAGGAGCCUACCCUGGGGCUGCUGCCAGACGUUCCUUCCUUGAUGGAGACACUCAGCUAUAGCUACUGCUAUGUGGGAAUCAUGACAGGCCCGUUCUUCCGCUACCGCACCUACCUGGACUGGCUAGAGCAGCCCUUCCCGGAGGCCGUGCCCAGCCUGCGGCCCCUGCUGCGCCGCGCCUGGCCGGCCCCGCUCUUUGGCCUGCUCUUCCUGCUGUCUUCCCAUCUCUUCCCUCUGGAGGCCGUGCGUGAGGAUGCCUUCUACGCCCGCCCGCUGCCCGCCCGCCUCUUCUACAUGAUCCCGGUCUUCUUCGCCUUCCGCAUGCGCUUCUACGUCGCCUGGAUUGCGGCCGAGUGCGGCUGCAUUGCCGCUGGCUUCGGGGCCUACCCCGUGGCUGCCAAAGCCCGGGCCGGGGGUGGCCCCACCCUCCAAUGCCCACCCCCCAGCAGUCCGGAGAAGGCGGCUUCCCUGAAGUAUGACUAUGUGACCAUUCGCAACAUCGACUGCUACAGCACAGACUUCUGCGUGCGGGUGCGGGACGGCAUGCGGUACUGGAACAUGACGGUGCAGUGGUGGCUGGCACAGUAUAUCUACAAGAGUGCGCCUACCCGCUCCUAUGUCCUGAGGUGAGGGAGCCCCGUACACAUCCAGGAUGGCAGAGAACUACAUUUUUAUACCAGCAGCAUCCUGUAGCUUCCCUGCCUGAGUCCUUGCCACCAAGGCUCAUGGGAGUUGUAGUUUCCUAGGCAUAUGCUGGGAUAAAUUGUUCCCACUCUCUGGGCCUAAGGUCAUCCUUCCUCAGAAACAGUGUACUGGGUCCUGUGGACUCAGUUGCUACUCUUUCCACAAUUUUGGUUCUGUAGGUUACUGAGAGGAAUGAGUUGGCUUCUUGGUUUCUGCAAAUUUUAAAUGAGAUUCACCUGUUUUAUAGUUUGAGCGGAGGAUUAAGUGAGAAAAAGUAUGAAAUGUACUUAAUAUGAGGCUUGACAGGUAAGCAUUCACUAUGUAAUAGCUUUUAAUAUUUUUCAUUCUUCCACAUUAUGCGUGUGUGUGUGUGGUGCUGGGGAUCAAAUUUAGGGUCUUGCAAAUGCUAGGCAGCUGCUCUACCACUGAACUAAAUCCCCACCCUCCUCCGGUGUUUCUCGAAUGAAGACUGUGCUAGUCAUUAUUAACUUUACAGUCGUCAGAAGUGAGAACUCUCUCUUUUAAGAAGCUAUCCCUGAACUCACCGUGUAGCCCAAGCUAGCCUCAUACUUGAGAUCCUCCUGCCUCAGCCUCCUGAAUGCUGGGGUUACAGUUGUGCUCUACCAAACCCGGCAGAAGUGGAAACAUUUUAAAGAUAAGGAGACUGAGGCUCAGAGGGGUUAGGUAACUUCCCAGUUGUCCCUCAGCCUUCCCAAAGCCACCUGGUGAGAGCAGGAUACACUAGUCAAGAGCUCUACCACUUGAGCUACCCUCCCAGCCCUAUGGAGUACUUAUUGCUGCAGCUCUAGAGCUAGAUUUGUCUGGCAGGCUAGGACUUGUGGUUCAAAGAUCCACUCAACUGUGAGCCAAGCAUGGUAGCAUAAACCUGCAAUCCCAGCAUUUUUAUGAA